UUUCGGAAAUUAAAAUUAAUGUUUAUCUAGUUCUUGAUUCAGUUUUUUUUUUGAGUUGUCAAGUAAUUUUGGAAGAUGUUAUACAUAUUUAGGAUUGCCUUCCUAAUUUUUGUUGUACUUGCACAGACUGACACAACUCCAUUUCAUGAGACGGCUUCCAGACAAGGUGAAGCCAAUGCAGAUCAAGCAGAUGAACAACUUAACAAUGAGGCAAGUAUAAUUUUGAAAACUGUUGGUAUUUAUAAAAUUAUGAAUUUGGUUGUACUUAAAUUAAUUUUUGGAAGUUCUUGUACGUGUUCAUAAUCCCAUUCCUGACUUCAGGAUACACGAGAGCCUAUGAAUGAGAUCACGAAAGAGACACCUGGUUCUCCAAUAGCUCAACAGAAUAUUGAGACUCCAGUCCUUACUCCAAUUCAGACGCAGCAGGAGACUCACGAGCUUAUGAAUGAGAUCAUUUCACCAAACAUUUCCGACACACAGCCAAAUACCCGAGCUCGCAGAAAUCUUUUAACAGAGCAAAAUAAGGAUGUAGAAAGCAGAGUUCAAAAUCCCUUUGAGAUCGGAGCAAAUGUGGAGAUUUCAUCACAAGAUGACAAUACUUGUCAUAAAUGGUAUCCAGGAAAUGUGUUGGCAACAUAUUUGGUUGAUGGGGUUGAGAUGGUGAAAGUUGAGUACUCCGUCCCGUCUCUGGACGAAAAGAAGAGGAAAAGGAGUGUUGAGACACGUGUAUCAAUUGACAGAAUACGUCCUCAACCACCACCUGAGAGAUCUGGAGCGAAGAAAAGUUAUGAGCUAAUGCAGGACGUGGAGGCGUUCGACAAUGGUGCCUGGUGCGCUGGAAAAGUUAAAGUCAUUUUGUUUGAUGGCUCGUGUUUUGUCUCUUUGAACAAUUCUAAAGAACAAAUUUACUUCCACCAUUCUGAGAUGCGAAAACCAAGAAAAUGGGUAGAUGGUGUUUGGGAGAUGACAAAAAAGAUGGAAGAAGAGCAGACGCAGAGUGUGAAUCCAAGUGAAGGAGAUGGUGAUAAAAAGGGGAAGGCGAAGGCUGUCGCUUGUAAGAAAAAUGAAGCAGCUGGUCCAUCAGAAGAUGGUGUUGGGAAAAUGGCAAAAGAGAUGGAAGUAAAGCAGGGUAAGAGUGUGAAACCAAGUCAAGACGAUCAUGCAAAAAAGGGGAAGCCUGAUGUUGGUAAGAAGAAGAAAGCAAAUGCUCAGCCAGUAGAUUUGCUUCCUUUUCUACAGCGAGAAGAGAAGAGGCCAAUACGACCUAGAAACCCUCCUAUACCUGUAACACCUGAGGUAAUCCUUCCAAUUGAUCCAUUUGUGACACCUGAAUUUCCUCGGUUUUCAAGGCUUGCACACUGGAUGGAUCUACGGGGCAUAUAUCGUGUACCGUUUUAUAUCAAUGGAAAAGAAAUUGAAAAAGAGUUCUUUCAAAAAAUGGACGAUGCAGAAAACAAUCUCAACAAAGAGCACAUAAAUGUUGCAUUUGAAAUGCUAAAUUGUAAGAGGGUUGAGCAAGGUGCUUGGUUCCGCAACAACAAUCUUCCAGCAGCAUGCUUUGUACCAGUCAAAUUCUUAGAAGUGGUUGGGUACGCUUAUGAAUCUGUCAGGAAGCCACAUAAGAAAAAACAAACGUUAUUGGAGGGCUGUGUAGGCGAACUUGUGAAAGGUUUAAUACAUCCAAAGAAGGUAUGGCUGGAAGAUGUUGAUGUUAUAUAUGGUGUCAUUGAAGAUAAGUUGAGCUAUCACUAUAUUGGGGUGGAGAUACAAUUGAUGGACAACACAAUCACACUCUUCCAUUGUGGUCUUCCAAAAGCAAAUAUCAAACGUGCUCUUAAUCAAAUCCAAGAACUGGCAGUGUUGAUUAGUGCCAUAAAGAUGGAACUUCUUGGUGAAGAGGUUAAUUUCGAAGAUAUCAGUCCAUUUGAAGUUAAGUUUGCAGAAGGGCUUCCAAAGACAAAAUUUCCAUACAACUGUGGUAUUUUUGUUGUGAAGAUGCUGGAAUGCAGGUCACUGGGAUUGAAGAGCAUGGCUAAUAUAAAUGAUGAAACUGCGAUGGACUUACGAAGCAAGCUAUGUUGUGAGAUCUUCGACCAGUUUAUGGAUAAAGAUUUCCAGGAAGGUCAAAGGAAGUGAAAAUGUCAUAUUUGUUCUGUUUUCUACUCUGUUUUUCUACUUUGAUAUUAAUUAUCCCUAACGUUUAAGUUUAAGUUUGUAAUGAAUUGUCCCUAACGUUUUUUUCAUUUAGAUUGUUAUUGAAAAUUUUUUAGGAUGUAUUGAUGAAUUGUCAAAUGCUUAUGGUACUUUUAGGAUGAGUUUCCAGAAAAAGAGUGAGAAAGCAAAAUGCACCAAAGCCUAGCAAAUCCCUUUAAAGUUUACAAAAAAAAAUGAAAAAGAAUGUGAUCCGAAGAUUGAACUCGUGAACUCUCGAAAGAUGAAUCAAAGUGUGCAGCCGCUGUGCCAAGGGUGUUAUACUUGCCAAAAGCUAUAAUAAAACGAAAAUAACUUUUGAAUAUUUAAUUAAAAACAGAAAAAAGUGUAAGUAUACACAACGGGGAUCGAACACGGCUUAUUGUGUGAUAAGGGUACACUAAGAGUAGAAGGGCUUGCCACUAGG